AUGGCCCCGGUGGAGCGUGUAAAAUGUAUGUUGCAAAUCCAACGCGAAAGAGAGAAAGCCGAUCGGCAAUUCCGUGGACCAAUUCAUCUCAUUAGCGCUGAACUGGCCGAAGGCGGUAUUUCAAGGAUCUACAAAGGAUUCUUCGCCACCAUUCUUAGAGAAUUCCCGGGAAGUGGAAUUUACUUCCUCACCUAUGAGUGGUUCACUUCGUACCAUACUGUGGGUACAUCUGCGACUCUCUUGAAGAUGGUCAUUGGAGGUGGAAUGGCAGGAGUUGUUAUGUGGAUGAUUGUUUUGCCCUUUGAUACGCUCAAGAGUCGUCUGCAAACUGCACCGCCUGGUACUUAUACUGGAUUGGGGCAUGUGUUUAAGGAUCUCAUGGCUCACGAAGGACCUGCGGCUUUGUACAAAGGCGCAGUGCCGGUCAUGGCUAGGGCUUUUCCUGCCAACGCUGCUUGCUUCCUUGGUUUUGAGUUUUGCAAUAAGCAAAUUGUACAAAGACUCCGGAAACCAACUCCUGAUUAA